CGCAUCUUUGCUGACCCGUUUCUCAUCUUUGCUGGCGCAGCGGGAUCAUGGUCGAGUCCCGCCCGCCACUCGCCAAGUCUCCUUCGUCGCACCAGCAUGCAGCGCCUACAACGCUCGUCUCGCAUCGGCAGUUUCAGCGGUCGAUUGGCGCCACGCUGGCUGCGCUCGCUCUCGAUUUCCAGCGCUGAUGUAUCCGUGUCAUACUCACACGAGCUCCCAAGCGUGCCUCGCAUUGCUGGACGUGGCCCUGCUCGAGUAUGCCCCAUUAAGACACCCUACAAGCCCCACAUGACGCUCUACACCAACCUACUAGAUCGCGCCAAAAUGGAUGACGGCAGCCGCCCCAUGUUCGGCUCUAGACCCGUGGACCCAAUGACAGGAGUGGCAACAGGCGACUACGAAUGGAAAACGUUCGCCGAGUUCCUCGACCACGUAGACGAAACCGCGUCGGGCAUGAAGCGCGCACUAGGACUCGGACGACAAGAUAUGGUAGGCGUCUUCAGUCGCUCGCAGUACGAGUGGACAUUAGUGGAGCAGUCCUGCAAUCGGAUGGCCUUCACGCUCGUGCCGCUGUACGACACUCUAGGCCCCAGUACCGUGCCAUACAUCCUCAACCACACCGAGAUGAAGGUGGUUUUCUGUGCCAAGGAGCAGACAGCCACACUGCUGCACUGCCUGCCACAGUGUCCACAUUUAAAGACGAUCGUGCAAUACGAGAGCAACUUAAACGAGCAGCACGUAGCGGAAGCGAACAAGCGGGGAGUGAAGAUCUGGACGCUGGAAGACAUCGUGAAGAUCGGAAGAGAUCAUCCAGCAGACGCUGAUCCGCCUAAACCAGAGGAUCUGAGCACUAUCUGUUACACUUCAGGCACUACGGGUACCCCUAAGGGAGUGCUGGUCACGCACGCUAACUUUGUGAGUGCUGUGAACGCUUACCGACCCAUGAUUAAAGCCAACCGCGACGACGUGUACUUCAGUUUCUUGCCAUUGCCACACGUAGCUGAGCGAUUCUUACACGCAAUGAUGAUCACUGAGGGAGCAGCUAUUGGAUUCUAUCACGGUAAUGUGGCGCGUGUUCUGGAUGACGUGCAGGCGUUGAACCCGACAGUCUUCGUGGCUGUGCCGAGACUUAUGAAUCGCAUUGUUGAUCAAUUGAAGCACAAGGUCACGUCUACCGGAGACGUGAAACACAUCGAGUGCUUCUAUCGAGCGCUGGACGAGAAAAAGCGUUUAAACGUGUUGAAACACGAACAAUAUGAUGCUGAGUUGUUCGACGGCUUCAAGCCCGUUCUGGGUGGCCGUGUGAGGCAGAUUCUCACGGGCGCAGCCCCUAUUACAAGCGAAGUGAAGGAAUUCUUCCAGUAUGUCUUCGGUGUACCUGUUUUGGAGGCCUACGGCAUCACGGAAGCCUCUGGUGGUGUCGCCUGUUCUAGUGCAUCGAUGCCUCAAGGUCCUCAUGUAGGCGUUCCACUGCCUGGACUCGCUGUUCGUCUCGCAGAUGUACCCGAAAUGAACUAUUCGAGUGAUGAGGGAUACGGUGAAGUCUUGAUGAAGGGGCCCAACGUGUUUUCUGGGUACUACAAACAGCCAGAGUUGACUCGAGAGGUUCUUGAGGAUGGGUGGUAUGCCACGGGAGAUAUCGGCCGAUGGAAUCCUGACGGUACACUGAGUAUCGUCGACCGGAAGAAACAUAUCUUUAAGCUUUCUCAGGGGGAACACGUGGCUCCAGAGAAGAUUGAAGGUGUCUAUCAGAAGAGCAAAUUUGUCGGACAGGUGUUUGUGGAGGGAGAUUCGUUGCAGAGCUAUCUCGUCGCCGUUGUGGUACCUGACUCCGAAGUUGUUGCACACUCGCCGUUGAAAAACUGGGAAACGGAUGACAAACAGAGACGAGAAUUGGAGAAAUUGGUGCUUGCAGACAUGGAUGUAGUGGCUCGUGCUGACGGCCUGCACGGCUUUGAGCGAGUCAAGAAGAUUUAUCUGACCUCCGAGGCUUUCACAGUUGAGAAUGACCUUGUUACUCCGACGUUGAAGCCCAAAAGAGCGAAACUUGCCAAACACUUUGCUGAUGUGGUUAAAGCGCUGUAUGCCACGGCUCUUGAGGAGUAAGGAGGGCAUGUAGAGAGCUAGACAUGGAACGAACUUGAAUAAAACAAUUGCGCUGCACUCUUUAUCAGACAAUAUGAAUGCAAGUAGUGUUUUCGCAUCCUUGUUGUUUCUGG